UGUUUAUGGGAAUGCAUAAAUGAAUGUUUUUGCUUUUACGCUUCCCACUUCUCUAUUAUACCGCAGGUAGUCCCAAUCAUUAAGUUAAAUGGAAAAGAUAACCUACAUUUCCUCAGGCGAAGAAAUAAGCCGUUAAUUUAGUUUACAUUAGCAUUAUUUUUCUGGUUCGCGCUUUAUUUCUCUUCACUUGUUUUAUUCUCACACGGUAAAAGUGCUGCCUGAAAGUUUGUAAAUGUGAACCAAAGCAGGGUUUCGGUUGUUAACUUUUCUCUGGUUUAUUGCGGUUAUGCAGCAUUUGGUUGAAGUCUGAUUGAGGAAUAUUUGGGAAGUGGCUAUCCAAGGCAUUUCAUUCGUUCUACUCAACUGAUUUUCUUAUUCCUUUUCUUUACAACCAUGCAUCGGACGUUUGAACUUUUAAGUGCAUUUCCGUCCAUUUGGAGGCUUCCAUUCCAAUAAUAUAAUUGACACCCACAAUUGAUGCUUCGUGCGUAUACCAGAUGAUUGAAUUAAAUUUAAAAACAUCAUAAAAACUAUCCCACAGCUCGUAGUUAACCGGUUAUCGUACUUCCAAUCUGCUCCCCCGCGGAUUAUUACAUAAAACUGUCAACCUUCGACGAGGUCUCGAACUACAUACGGAUUGUUUUCCGAGUUGCGAAAGAGUCGUGCCGUUGUAAACUUCCGCAAUUCGUUUGCGAACUGGUAUCACCAGAAUGCUGUCGUGGCACAAGAUCGAUGACGACUAUCGGACAGCUUUGCGCCUAAGCCUAUAUCUACAUACGCUUAAUCUAUGAUGUGGACUAAGUAUGCCUCUCAUGUUCUACUUCUGUUCUGUUUCUGCCGCAAUCUAGACAGUCAGUCGUCAAUGGCCAAGGAUCCCAUACGAACUUGACCGUCAGCAGGCAACUGUACGAAAAUUUUGGUUUCUUCUUUAUUCUUCAAUAUGUUAUCAGCUCGUUUCGAUUUAGGAUGGCUUUACCUUUACUGCUUUUUAUGCAUUAUUACUUCGAGUUUGCUCAAUUUGUGGAACUGUCAACGCUUGCAUUGUGUGAUUGGUCUGCAUUACAACAGAAACGUCGCAACCUCGCCCGUAGACAUUGUUCUCCGAGCGAUGCUUCCAGCUACUACCAAAAGAUGAGCGAUGUGGGUGUCCAGGAGAUGCACCAGUUCAUGGACCAACUCGAUCAAAUGAUUACGCCCGGAGAGGAUUUCAAGGCCAAACCCUUGAUCAUGCAAGCGUGUGCUAACAUGUUCAGCCAAUACAUGUGCUCGGUACGUUUUGAGUAUGGUGAUUUAGCAUUCGAGAAAAUGGUACGGAAUUUUGACGAAAUUUUCUGGGAGAUUAAUCAAGGUUAUGCUGUUGAUUUCUUACCGUGGCUUGCACCGUUUUAUCUUAGGCAUAUGAACAAAUUAAGCCGUUGGUCAGCAGAUAUUCGUCAAUUUAUUUUAGAAAAGAUAAUCAACGAAAGGGAGCAAAGUAUUUGCGAUGACGAACCAGAACGCGAUUUUACAGACGCUCUUUUGAAGAGUCUACGUGAAGAUCCGUCUGUUGGUCGUGACACUAUCAUCUACAUGUUGGAGGAUUUUCUUGGAGGACAUUCUGCAAUUGGAAAUUUAGUGAUGUUAGCUUUAGGCUACAUUGCCAAGUACCCGGAAAUUGGAAACAGUAUUCAAAGUGAAAUUGACCAUGUCACUGAUAAUGGAAAAAGAAACGUUACACUCUACGAUACCGAGUCAAUGCCUUUCACUGUUGCAACCAUUUUUGAAGUUUUGAGGUAUUCAUCAUCUCCAAUAGUACCACAUGUUGCAACGGAAGAUACCUGCAUCGCUGGAUAUGGCGUUACCAAAGGCACUAUAGUAUUUAUCAAUAAUUACGACUUGAAUACAAAUGAAAAAUACUGGCAAAAUCCCAAACAUUUUGAUCCUCGUCGUUUUAUCGAAAGUGUUACACUCGCUCAGAUCAAAACAGAUCUGGUGGGAUCUGUUACAGCGAAACAGGAUUUGGAUAGUAUAAUUAAAAAUAACGAUAUAAACUCUGCGAAUGAAAACCAAAAACAAAUUUUACGAGUGAAAAAAAACAUACCUCAUUUUUUACCGUUUAGCAUUGGAAAACGUACAUGUAUAGGACAAAAUUUAGUGCGCGGUUUUAGCUUCAUCAUUUUGGCCAAUAUAUUACAGAAAUUCAAUAUUCAUACCAGCGAUGUAACAAAAAUUAAAAUGAAUCCUGCCUGCGUAGCCGUUCCUCCUGAUACAUAUUCUCUAGCAUUUACUCGAAGAUAAAGUUAAUGAUUUUUUCAAUAAUUUAAAUUUUCUGCUUGGAUGUUUAAUGCAUUAAAUUAUUUUUCUAUGUAUCUUUUCCUCAAUGCAUUUAACUUAAAGUCAUUUAUUCAGCCAGGUAUCCUUAUUAGCAUGACGCAUAGCACGUUGUUGAAACAUUGAAAACAAUUUCGCAAACCGUACUUAUGAUAGAUUUUUUUAUCAUCUUGAACUUAUUUAAAGUAUUGUACAUAUAACAUUUAUAUUAGUCUACUGAAAACAAUUGCAACUGAAUUAUGUUAUCUAGUUUGUACAUCGCAAUUGGAAGCGAGAAACAACAAAUAGUAUAAAGAAAAUAUUUCGUUUUUAUAAAACAUUUUUGAAUAUACAUUAUACAAUAGAACGACGAGCAUAUAUGAAGUAAGACACGAAUCUCUUUUGGAGAAACAGUAAUUCUUUGAAGAAAUAUACAUUUGCUUGUUGAACCAACUGAAGUCGAAAUUUUAAGGACUAAGACUGAAUUAUUCUUUUACUAAUUAGAAAACUAAGAUAAAGCUUAUAGUUUGUCUAGGAUUAGAAAAUGCAUUUAGUAUUCUACAAAAAUAUAUAAAUAGAUUUGAAAUCUAUACAUUCAAUUUGUUAAACAGGCAGUAUAUUCUCACAAAAAUGAACAUAUUUUUUAUACAACAA